AUGUUUACUGGUCUGGUCGAGAAAAUUGGUACUGUAACAGCAGUUGUUGAACAAGAUUCGAGUCAAUCAGGAGGCAAUGGCUGGACCAUUACCAUUGGUGACGCAGCUGACAUUUUGGACGAUUGUCACAUUGGUGACAGUAUUGCUGUCAACGGAACUUGUCUUACCGUGACCGAAUUCGAUCGUGAUACGUUCAAAGUGGGCGUUGCUCCUGAAAGUUUACGCCGAACCAACUUGGGUGACCUCAAGGUCGGCAGCAAGGUCAAUAUGGAACGUGCGAUGGACAGCAAAAAGCGAUUUGGUGGACACAUGGUGCAGGGUCAUGUGGAUGCAGCCGUCACUGUUGUUUCGGUCACUCCAGAAGAAAAUUCGUUGUGGUUCAAGUUUCAUACGGAUGACAAGGACAUGAUGCGUUUCAUUAUACCCAAGGGGUUCAUUACACUGGAUGGUACAUCGUUGACUGUUUGCGAUGUGGAUGAUGCUGCACAGACAUUUACAAUCAUGAUGAUCGCUCACACUCAGCAGCAUGUUGUCAUGCCGCUGCGGAAGAUCGGCGACAAAGUCAACGUGGAGGUGGAUAUGCUGGCCAAAUAUGCGUUGAAGAGUCUUCAGGGCGCUAUUAUGGAAAGUGAUGGGCUCCAAGCAUUGGUCAAGCGCGCCAUUGCUUAA